AUCGGUCCAAAUGUCGUCGGCACAGCUGCGGCUCUCCGACCACUGCAUCCCGUCACCGCCAGUCCACCGCCGCGGUAGGUACUCUCCAUGGAGUUGCUGUAGGGUUCCGAUCGCCGCCCGGAAGCUCCCAGCGCCCCGUGUCCGCUCCGAUGGCGGCCACGACGAGGUGCAGGCUGCCCAUGUCGGGGAUCGGAAGGAGUUAUCUGCUGCUUCAGUCGGUAAUGAUGGUCCGGGGAGAAGCAAUGGGAGCAAACCGCCAACGAAAGGUUUUUCAUCCAAUGAGUUGAUGCAGAGAUUGAAGAGAUAUGGAGUUGCAGGGAUAUUGUCGUAUGGACUACUUAAUACCAUAUAUUAUCUGACAACAUUCCUCUUGGUUUGGUUUUAUUUUGCCCCUGCUCCUGGAAGAAUGGGCUAUGUUGCAGCUGUCCAGAGAUUUCUCAAAGUAAUGGCAAUGGUGUGGGCUGGCAGUCAAGUCACCAAGAUUGUACGUGCAGGAGGGGCUCUUGCGUUAGCUCCUUUUGUUGACAGAGGGUUGUCCUGGUUCACUGUCAAGUUCAAGUUUGAAUCUGAAGGAAAGGCAUUUGCUGCAAUUGCAGGCUUGUGUUUCGGGCUGGCACUUCUCUUGUUUUUUGGGUUGACACUGCUUUGGGCAUAGAGAAUCCAUGGAUCUCUAUCAGAUCAAGGAACUCUUUUUUUUUUUUUUUGAUAAUUUGGGAAUUGAAAGGAAGGGACCUUAUGUAAGGUUUGAUUAGAACCUAUAAUGAUAUCCAGGAAAACUGUAUUACUGAUUAGUUUCAUAAAACCUCGCCUGUUGAUAAAAAUGCAUCAGGUUGUUAUGAUACCUACAACCCAACAUUUUUAUAUGUUAUCGCGAUUUGUGCAUCAUAUGCCGAGACAAAGGGUAACCCAA